AAAAUCUCGUUCUCUUUCACGGUUGUUAUAGUACCUGAAGUCUUUUAUGCGGUAUAGAAACAUUUCGUCAAUCCUUUAAGAAUGGUGUCUUUCAAAUUUCUGAUUCUAAUUACGUUGGCAUUACAAAAUUUUUGCGAAGCCUUGCCGCAAUACAAAGCAGGAUGUACGUUUAAUCUGGACACGAGUUCUCCGUCGAACCCGCCCCAUUUGAUCGACCCCAAUAACAACAUCAUCUUGCCGGUGAUGGUCGGGUCUUCCCGGGUGAUUACUUUGAACACGGACGAUAAAGUGGCGGUCGGCUGCCUUGGUCCAGGCAACUACAUCAGAGCCACUGGGAUGCAGCUGGCCCCCGCCACCUGCACUGCCACCUCAAAGCUGCUCCUAGUCGACGGCCAGGAGCUCUCCUACUCCCAGCUGGGCUGCCUGAGUCAGAACAAGGAGAUCCUGCUGGAGAACGGCACCUGCGCCAAUGGACCAGGCACCGUCAUCAGGAUUGGCUGGCAGGCCGGCCCGGAAUUCAUUCCGCUCUACGACACCUGCCACGACAAAGCAGCGGCCGCCAAUUAUUUCUCGACACAUAUCAUCCACGGAAAAUCGGCCGCCGCCGACGACACGUCCAACGAAAGGCCGUCGUUCAGCCAGGGCGGAUAUUUCCCCGGUCUGGAUGUCAACACGGCCUACAGCCAAGCCGGACAGACGGAAACCAUCGCCGGAAUCGUCGGCUCGGCCAGUCUGGCCGCCCAGUACGUCGUCAGCGGCAGCCAAAUCUUCUUGUCUAGGGGACACAUGGCACCUGACGGCGAUUUCAUCGACGCCGGAAGUCAGGACGCCACUUAUUACUUCCUGAACACGGCCCCGCAAUGGCAAAAUUUCAACGGCGCCAACUGGAACGUUUUGGAAAAUGCACUUAGAGAUUUGGCGGUCAGCCGGGACGUGAAAUUGACCGUCUACACCGGGGUUUUCGGGAUCUGCACUUUGGCGGACGUGAACGGAGUCCAGCAGCCGAUUUAUUUGGCGUUCGACGAGAACAACAACGGACUGAUUCCCGUACCCAAAUAUUACUGGAAAUUGAUUCACGAUCCCGUUUCGAAUACGGCAACGGCCGUGCUGGGCAUCAACAACCCUCACAACCCGGUCGGGCCGGCGGACGUCAUCUGCCCGGACGUGUGCGACCAGGUGCCGUGGGUCACUUGGGCCCUGACGGACACCUAUAAGGGCUACACCUUUUGCUGCACGGCAGCCGAAUUGUUCAAAGCCAUCGAUUACGCUCCCAACUUGGACGUACCCCUCUUCGUUUAACAUCGCAUAUCAAAUUAUCAGCAACAAAGUUUAAGGCUUGAAUUUUCUUGGCUGGCAAUUUUUUAACGAGAUUUAAAAUUCAAUUUUCUUAUCUUUUUAUAUGCAUAAUACAUCAUUUUAAAUCAAUAA